UAGAGCGGCAGGGAUCUGGAACGGCAGAAGCUGGAGAGGUGGCACACCAGCGAGGGCCACCAUGGGGGACCGGAGGCCGCAGGACCGGCCAAGGUCCCAGGGCAUGGACUCCAAGCCUUGGUACUGUGACAAACCGCCUUCCAAGUACUUCGAGAAGCGCAAGCACAGGCGCCUGAGGUUCCCGCCGAUGGACACUCGGAACCAGGUAUUUGUGACGGAGGGCAUGGACGACUUCCGCUGCGGCUGUCCGUCUCCCGAAGAUACGCUUGUUUGUCGCCAUGAUGAGUUUUUACUCCCCAAAAUAUCUCUCAGAGGUCCCCAAGCUGACCCCAAAAGCAGGAAGAAAAAGCUGUUCAAUAAAACGGCCCUAUUUUCCGAGCUCUCGCCAGCACAGCCAGCACGGAAAGCGUUCGUAAAGGAAGUGGAAGCCCAGCUGAUGACCAAGCAUCCCUUGGCCAUGUACCCCAAUCUGGGAAAAGAUAUGCCUCCAGAUCUCCUACUACAGGUGCUGAAACAGCUGGAUCCUGAAAGGAAGCUGGAGGACGCUUGGGCUCGUUGUGAGGCCCGGGAGAAGACAACCGAGGUACCCACCGAGCCUGGUAAAUAUCCCUGUGGGGAAUCCUGCCCACGGCCUCCCGAGACUCCGGUGUCCCAUCUCCGUCCGCAGCUUCCCAAGACUCCGGUGUCCAGUCUCCGUCCAGAGCCUCCCAAGACUCGGGUGUCCAGUCUCCACCCGGAGCCUCCAGAGACUCGCGCAUCUCAUCUCCACGCGGAUCCUCCCGAGACUGGAGUAUCCCAUCUCCGCCCAGAGCCUCCGAAGACUCUGGUGUCCAGUGUCCGCCCAGAGCCUCCUGAUACUGGAGCGUCCCAUCUCUGCCCAGAGCCUCCCGAGACUAACGUAUCUCAUCUCCACCUGGAGCCUCCUGAGACUGGAGUGUCCCAUCUCCGCCCAGAGCCCCCCAAGACUCAGGUGUCCAGUCUCUGCCCGGAGCCUCCCGAGGCUGGAGUGUCCCAUCUCUGCCUGGAACCUCCCAACACUCAUCGGGUGUCCAGUUUCCUGCUACAGGUGCUGAAACUGGAUUCUGAGAAGAAGCUGGAAGACGCACUGGCUCGUUGUGAGGGCCAGGAGAUGACAACCGAGGAACUCACCAAGCCUGGUAAAUACCAUUUUUGGGAAUCCUGCCCGAGGCCCUUUGAGAGUCGGAUGCCCCAUCUCCGCCUUGUGCUUCCCAAGACUCGUCGAAUGUCCAGUCUCCGCCUGGCGCCUCCCAAGACUCAUUGGGUGUCCAGUCUCUGCCCGGAGCCUACCAAGACUGGAGUGUCCCACCUAAAAGAACCGUUUCAGGAAGAUACACUAAGCACAACGGAGUGCAUUUCUGACUCUCUUCAACAUAUAUACACAUCGAGAAAACUCCGUGACUUCAAGAGGGCUGGAGACCUGGGAGUUGAUGAAGAACCCAUCAGCAGUCUGUUUGACUUUACCCCUGAGUGCAGAAUAACCUAUCAAGACCAAAAGAUUAAGAAGGCAAACGAGUGUGCUUCAAGGCUGAAGUACGGCAUGGAGCUAGACGACACGGAUGAGGUCGAAUUCUUACGGAUAAAAUACUGGGACAGGAGACUCCGGGCAGCACCGCAUUCUUAUAGUGCACAGCGUGGGACGAUAAGGUAUGGACCAUGGUACUUCGAGCCUAAGUUGGGGAAAAAGCUAAGAAGUGAUGAACCUUUGAUUGACCCCAAGCCCGUACUUGAAAAGCCUGAUGAACCCGACAUUCUUGACGGUCUUUAUGGACCAAUUGCCUUUAAGGAUUUCAUUCUAAGCAAGGGCUACAGAAUGCCUGGCGUCAUUGAAAAGCUGUUUGCCAGGAAGGGAUGGACUUACGACUCUGUUAAGACUCCUGUUCAACGUGCAAUGCAAGUUUACAAGUACAAAGAAGACGUCACAGAUGCAUCAAAAGAACAUUAGAUGGUUUUCAAUUUACUGCUUAAUUGGGUAUUUCUUGCUCUCAUUUUAAACAUCAAUCAGAAUUUAUGAUGACUAGCCCCGUGAAUGUACAACUUUGGCAACAUCUGUAAAUUCAAUACCCAAUGCUUAUAAAUGUGUCUUAAU